ACACUGUCUCUCAUGUAUACAGUUUCACUUCAGGAAGACACAGUUUAACAUUUUACUGAUCCACAAGAUAGGCUUCAGGUACUGUACAGUAGUGUCCUAACACAAUAAGAAAGAGAGAGAGAGUCACCAGUGAUGAUUAUUAUGAGCCAUUUAUUACCUUAGAAUGAUGGAGGGAAAGAGAUCAGACUCACCAGAACCCAGCUGUGUGUCCAUGAAGAGUGACGCGUCAAUGGGACGUCCAAUACGCUUCAGAGACAGAGACAGUUCUACUGAUGUGAGACCACAAAAAUCAAACAUCAGCACAAAUCAGCUGGACUCUAUAUUCAAGGAGCUGGAACAUAAAGUCAUCACUCUGAUAAAGAAUGAGCUGAAGAGAUUUAGGAAGCUCCUGAGUCCAGAUUACCCAGCAUGCACUGAGAGGGAGGUGGAGGAUGAGGAGGAUCUGCACAGUGUCAGAGAUGGAGCGCUGAAGAUCACACUGCACGUCCUGAAGAACAUGAACCACACAGAUCUCGUUAACACACUGCACAACAAACUCGACUCUGUGUAUCAGACAAAGUUGAAGUUCAAUCUGAGAGAGAAGUUUAAAAGAAUUAAUGAAGGAAUCUCACAGCAUGGAAGCUCAGCACUUCUGAAUGAGAUCUACACUGAGCUCUACAUCACAGAGGGUUGGAGUGGAGACGUCAAUAAUGAACAUGAGGUGAGACAGAUCGAGGCAGCGUCCAGGAGACCAGCAACACAGGAGAAACCCAUCAAAUGUAAUGAGCUCUUUAAAGACAAGUCCAUCAGAACUGUGCUGACUAAAGGAGUUGCUGGAAUUGGAAAAACAGUCUCUGUGCAGAAGUUCAUUCUGGACUGGGCUGAAGGAGAAGUAAAUCAGGACGUCACCUUCAUGUUUCCACUUCCCUUUAGAGAGCUGAAUCUGAUAAAGAAACAAAAUCUCAGUCUGAUGAAACUUCUACAUCACUUUUUCCCAGAAAUAAGAAAACUAGAAUCAAUAGACUGUGACUCCUACAAAGUGGUGUUGAUCUUUGAUGGUCUGGAUGAGUGUCGACUUCCUCUAAAUUUCCAGAAGAAUGAGAGAUUGUGUGAUGUGACAGAGUCAGCCUCAGUGGAUGUGCUGCUGACGAACCUCAUCAGGGGGAAUCUGCUUCCCUCUGCUCUCCUCUGGAUAACCACAAGACCAGGAGCAGCGAAUCAGAUCCCUCCUGAGUGUGUAGACCAGGUAACAGAGGUACGAGGCUUCAGUGAUCCUCAGAAAGUGGAGUAUUUCAGGAAGAGGAUCAGUGAUCAGAGCCUGGCCAAUAACAUCAUCAGACACCUGAAGUCUUCAAGAAGCCUCUACAUCAUGUGCCACAUCCCAGUCUUCUGCUGGAUCUCAGCCACUGUUCUAGAGAGAAUGUUGGGUGAAGCAAAGCGUGGAGAGAUCCCUAAGACUCUGACUCAAAUGUUCACACACUUCCUGAUCUUUCAGAUCAAACACAAGGACCAAAAGUACCAUCAGAAAUAUGACCCUGAUCCUCAGCAGACCAGAGAGACUAUCAUGGCACUGGGAAAACUGGCUUUCCACCAGCUGGAGAAAGGAAACCUGAUCUUCUAUGAGGAAGACCUGACAGAGUGUGGCAUUGAUGUCAGAGAAGUGUCAGUGUACUCAGGAGUGUGUACCCAGAUCUUCAGAGAGGAGUUUGGGCUUCACCUGGGGAAGGUGUUCAGCUUCGUACAUCUGAGUGUUCAGGAGUUUCUGGCUGCUUUAUACACAUUUCUGUAUUUUAUCUCAAAAAAGAGAAAUGUCUUAGUGAAGCAAGAUCUUAAAAGUUUCAUCAGAAAUCCAAACAUGUCUGAUCUCCUCAGGAGUUCAGUGGACAAGGCCUUACAGAGUGAGAAUGGACACCUGGACCUGUUCCUCCGCUUCCUUCUGGGUCUCUCACUGGAGACCAAUCAGACUCUCCUACGAGACUUAAUGCCACAGACAGGAAGCAGAUCUCACAGCAAACAGGAAACAGUGGAGUACAUCAAGGAGAAGAUCAGGGAGAAUCCAUCUCCAGAGAAAUCCAUCAAUCUGUUCCACUGUCUGAAUGAACUGAAUGAUCAUUCUCUAGUGCAGGAAGUACAAACUUACCUGAACAGAGGAGGUUACAGUCGUCUCAGUGACACCAGACUCUCUCCUGCUCAGUGGUCAGCUCUGGUGUUUGUGUUACUGACCUCAGAACAGGAGCUGGAUGUGUUUGAUUUGAGGAAAUAUGAUGAAUCACAUGAAUGUCUUCUGAGGCUGCUGCCAGUGGUCAAAGCCUCCAGAGAAGCUGAUCUGUGUCGGUGUAAUCUGACAGAGGAAAGCUGUAGCGUUCUGUCCUCAGUUCUCAGCUCAAACUCCUCCAGUCUGAGAAAACUGGACCUGAGUUACAAUAAACUGCAGGAUUCAGGAGUGAAGCUGCUCUCUGAUGGACUGAAGAAUCCACAAUGUACACUGGAGAUACUGAGGCUGUGGGGGUGUGAUCUGACAGAGGAAAGCUGUAGAGUUCUGUCCUCAGUUCUCAGCUCAAACUCCUCCAGUCUGAGAGAUCUGAACCUGAGUUACAAUAAACUGCAGGAUUCAGGAGUGAAGCUGCUCUCUGAUGGACUGAAGAAUCCACACUGUACACUGGAGAUACUGAGUCUGUGUCUCUGUAAUCUGACAGAGGAAAGCUGUAGAGUUCUGUCCUCAGUUCUCAGCUCAAACUCCUCCAGUCUGAGAGAACUGGACCUGAGUGUCAAUAAACUGCAGGAUUCAGGAGUGAAGCUGCUCUCUGAUGGACUGAAGAAUCCACACUGUACACUGGAGAUACUGAGGAUGCGUGACUGCAGUAUUACAGAUGAAGGUUGUGCUGCUCUGGCUUCAGCUCUGAGGUCAAACUCCUCAUCACACCUGAGAGAACUGAAUCUGUACUAUAAUUAUCCAGGAGAAUCAGGAGUGAAGCUGCUCUCUGAUCUACUGAAGGAUCCACACUGUAAACUGGAGACACUACACAUUAAUGAUAAGACACUCACCAGGUCUGGUGUAUGACAGGAGUCUCUCCUCAGACCUUUUUUCCAGGAUAAAUCAGUUAUGGAGGUGAAGCGUUAGAACACGUCCCACAUUUCCAGCAGUUUGGGAGCUGAAUCAUUCAUAUUCAGAUGUAGAAGAUCCAUAACAAUAACUGUGACUGAUCACAUCCUUUUAUCCUCUCAGCUACAACUUCACACUUUAACAUCUUUUACAAUCCAAAGUCAAAUCUUUCAGCAUCUACACACACACGGACGGUUUGCAGCCGAGUGUGAAGCGGCGGGGAUGAGAAUCAGCUCCUCCAAGUCUGAGGCCAUGGUUCUCAGCAGGAAAAGGGUGGCUUGCCCCCUUCAGGUUGGUGGAAAGCUCCUGCCUCAAGUGGAGGAGCUUAAGUAUCUUGGGGUCUUCUUCACGAGUGAGGGAAGGAUGGAGCGGGAGAUCGACAGGCGGAUCGGUGUAUCUUCUGCAGUGAUGCGGUCGAUAUACUGGUCUGUUGUGGUAAAGAAAGAGCUGAGCCGCAAGGCGAAGCUCUCUAUUUACCAGUCGAUCUACGUUCCUACCCUCAUGAGCUUUGGGUCAUGACCGAAAGGUCAAGAUCUCGGAUACAGGCGGCCAAAAUGAGUUUCCUCCGCAGGGUGGC